GUAGGGACACUAGCGCGGAGUAGGGGCGGAGGAGGCACUAGCUCCGGGGUUAAGAAGAGGAAAUGGAAUGGGGGAAGGUUGGAGGCGGAGAGAAAUAAAGAGGGAGACAGGGGCGGAGGGGAGGGGGCCUAGGAUCCAGUGGCGGCCCUGGGGGAGCGGUCUAGCGCCGGGGAACAAGAAGUAGGUGUGCAGGCCCUGAAGAAGCAGUCACGAAUUGGAGGGGAAUUUCUUAACCAAGAGUUAAGAAAGAAGCCUGGAGCUUGUGGCCGAGGCCCGACUGUACCCGGCCGGUAGGAGAGAGGUCUUUCCCGUGGAGGAGGAUAGUGGGGAAGGGGAGAAGAGAGACCUGGAGGAUGUUGGGCAGGUUUGGUAAGGAGGGAACUAAACCCAGUCAGAUGACCCUUCUCCAGACUUAGAUCAGCCUUUCCAGAGUUCCUAUAGCAUCUGCCCCAAUUUCAGCUGAAGACUCAGGGGCCCCAGGGACUGGAAGAAAUCACAGUGCCUGCUUGGAAAGAAGAAGAGGUAGCGACUUGCCCCAGCUCAACCCCAGAGCGGAGAGCCCUGUUACCUGGGGUCAGCAAGCUGGACUCCCUGGUUGGCAGGGGGCAUGCUGCACUUCCACCUGGCAUGGUUUUCAGAUGGGAGAAAACCCCCGAGGCUCUAGUGCUCCGGAGUUGGGCUGCUCUCAACCAAGCUGUCUGUUUAUAUGGAGUGCCUGGAGGGCGUCUGCCAUGAGUCUGUCGCUAACCGUGCUAACCAGGAGAGCUGGCUGGUUGGGGAGAAGACACUAACCCUGAGCUGUUGGCUAGAGGAAGUGGAGGGGCCGUGGGAUGCAGAGAGCCGAGGGCUAACUCUGGGACAGCGGAACAGAGAGAGCUGCCGACGAUCAGACGCAGGUUGAGGAGCCCUCACCUCCCAGGAUGACCAGCGCAGCCCCUGCUAAGAAACCGUACCGUAAGGCCCCACCUGAGCAUCGGGAGUUGCGGCUGGAGGUUCCUGGAUCCCGGCUGGAGCAGGAGGAGCCCCUGACCGAUGCAGAGAGGAUGAAGCUGUUGCAGCAGGAGAACGAGGAGCUCCGCCGGCGCCUGGCCUCAGCCACCAGGCGCACCGAGGCCCUGGAGCGCGAGCUGGAGAUCGGGCAGGACUGCUUGGAGCUGGAGCUGGGCCAGAGCCGCGAGGAGCUGGACAAAUUUAAGGACAAAUUCCGCAGGCUUCAGAACAGCUACACGGCUUCCCAGAGGACCAACCAGGAGCUGGAGGACAAGCUGCACACACUGGCCUCUCUUAGCCACAGCUGGAUCUUUGCAAUCAAGAAAGCGGAGAUGGACAGGAAGACCCUGGACUGGGAGAUCGUGGAGCUGACCAACAAGCUGCUGGACGCCAAGAACACCAUCAAUAAGCUGGAGGAGCUCAAUGAGCGGUACCGGCUGGACUGCAACCUGGCUGUGCAGCUCCUCAAGUGCAACAAGUCCCACUUCCGCAACCACAAGUUCGCCGAUCUGCCCUGUGAGCUACAGGACAUGGUUCGGAAACAUCUGCACAGUGGUCAAGAGGCUGCCAGCCCGGGCCCUGCCCCUAGCCUGAUGCCAGGGGCUGUGGUACCCACCUCGGUCAUUGCUCGAGUAUUAGAGAAGCCAGAGUCUCUACUGCUCAACUCAGCCCAGUCAGGCAGUGCCGGGCGCCCCUUGGCCGAGGAUGUCUUUGUGCACGUGGACAUGAGUGGGGGGGGCCCGGGUGACCCAGCCAGUCCCCCAGCCCCUGGCAGCCCCACCUCACAACCCAAUGGGGAAUGUCGCUCCCUGGGCACUGCCGGGGGCUCCCCAGAGGAGGAGUUGCCCCUGCCAGCCUUUGAGAAGCUGAGCCCCUACCCCACCCCAUCUCCACCACACCCGCUGUAUCCUGGCCGCAAGGUAAUCGAGUUCUCUGAGGAUAAGGUGCGAAUCCCCCGCAACAGCCCCCUGCCCAACUGCACUUACGCCACCCGCCAGGCCAUUUCCCUGAGCCUGGUGGAGGAGGGCGGUGAGCGGGCCCGCCCCAGCCCAGUGCCCAGCAGCCCUGCCUCAGCCCAGACCUCCCCCCGCCACGAGCCCAGCCCUGUCCCCCCAGCACUCAGUGCCCCGGCCAGCUCUGCCAGCUCUGAGGAGGACCUGCUAGCCAGCUGGCAGCGGGCAUUUGUGGACCGCACUCCACCCCCGGCCGCCGUGGCCCAGCGCACAGCCUUUGGACGUGAUGCCCUCCCUGACCUGCAGCGCCACUUUGCUCUUAGCCCCGCUGACAGAGAUGAGGAGGUUCUGGCGCCUUCUUCCCCACCUGGUGAGAGUGGGCUUUUGCUGCCAACAGAAGCUGAUUCUGGCCUUCCCAGGGAGGAGGAAGAAGAGCUGAACCUGCCCAUCAGCCCUGAGGAAGAACGCCAGAGUCUGCUGCCCGGUGAUAAUGGCACAGAUCAGGGGCCUGUCACUUCCCACACUGACGGCAGGGCCUGGGCACUCCCCAGCUCCAGCCGUCCCCAGCGCAGCCCCAAGAGGAUGGGGGUGCACCACCUUCACCGCAAGGACAGCCUGACCCAGGCCCAAGAGCAGGGCAACCUGCUCAACUAGGGCCCCCCCGUCGCCCUCCUGCCCCUGCUGCUCUGCUCCCUGUGCGGUGGUGUCAGGUGGGCCACGCCAGGCCUUGUAGCUGCGCUGCCUGUGACUGGCACCAGCUUGUCUCAUGGCUUUUCCUUUUUCUUGGAAUAUUUAUUCCCCAAGGGUAACAUGCAGCUGGGGCCCAAGACCUUUCUUCCGGUUGGCCCAAGUUGGGCUGUUCUGGGCCGCGGAGGGGUCUAUUGUAUCAGUGUUCAUCUUCCAUCCCCCUUUCAUACCCGCAAGUUUUAUUUUUUGUGGUUCCCCCCCCUCCACCCCCCGGGGUCGGGAGGGGGACGUCGUCGGGGACGAUUAACCUCUAAUUUCUAUUUUCUGCCUGUUUUCCUCUCCCCUCAAGUCCUCUGCACGAGCUGUUGCCUUCAAGGGGCCCUUGGGGGAUGAGGGAGAGGACUCACUCAGGGCUCGCCUCAGCUGUGUCCAUCCUCCCUCUGGAAGGGAGGAGAGGGAGGGAUUCAGGGGCCUCAAGCUGGGCUCUAGGUGAGGCCUGGCCCCCUCCCGACCUUGGCUCUAGACUGUUACUCCCAGCUUUGGGAAGUUUUCACAUCGAUGACUAUUUUAAAAUUAAAACUAUUUUACUGA